AUGGAGCCCGGCAGCUUGGUACCGGCGGAGCUGAAGCUCCGCAAGCCCUCACAGCGAGCCAGGAUCCCGGAGCCCUUCUUCACCCACCCGCAUGGAGCGGCCGAGCCGGCGGAACCCAAGGCGCCGGACCCCGUGGAGGCAGAAGCGGACUUCUUGGUACCCACACAUGACGAGUGGGGCCGCCCCAUCCACGAGUGGAAGAGGCAGGUUAUGGUACGGCGGCUGCGGGCCCGGCUGGUGGACCAGGAGGAGCUCGGCGGCCAGGUACGGGCGUCCCGGGGAUGGGAAGAGACCGGACCCACGAUGCUAGCCUGGAGGCCGCCCUCUGACGGACCCUCUCCGCAGGACGAGGGCUCCUGGAGCUUUUCGCCCUCCCGUCAGGCCAUGUUGGGCCCCUUCGGGGAGCUGCUGACCGAGGCAGACCUGCAGCAUCUGGAACGGACGGUGGAGAGCCUGCGGCUGAGGCGGCGGGGCGAGGCGUACCAGAGCGAGCUGCGGCGGCUGGCGCGGGAGCUACGCGCCCUCCUGCCCGCCCCGCUGCUCAGCAUCACCGUGCGCAGCCCCCCGCCCGCUCCCGGGCAGCCGCUGCCCCUCUGGUGUGGCCGCUUGGCGGGCGCCGUGAGCAGCCUGGCCGCGAUGCUGGCACACGCCGAGGGGGCGCGGGUCUCCUCUCUCAGCGCUCCCCCCGCCUCUCCCCCCGCCGCCGCCGUCGGGCAGCCCCGAGAGACGGCGGGCAGCCUGGCGCAACGGGAGAUCCGGCAGUACGGGGUCUGCGUCCGCAGCCUCCGCGGGGCUUUCGAGCCCCCCUGGGGGGCGCCAGAAGAGAAGGCGGGCGGGGGGAAAGGUACGGAGGCCGCCAGCGACUCGGGCAUCAGCUGCGAGGAGGGGUUUUCCGACGGCGGCGGCGGAUCCCCGGGGCCAGGGCCGGAGUGGGGCAGCCUUAGGAAGGAACGGAUCGUGAUGCUCUUCCUGAGCCACUGGAAACGGUCCUCUUCCUACGGGCCCUCCUUGCCGGCCGCCGGGGACCCCCGGGAGGCAGCGGCGACGGGGGAGUGGGGAACGGCCCGCCUGGCGCGGCAGAGGGAGGCCAUCCAGCGGCUUCUGGGCGGCUGGCGGGAAGCUGCCUCCCGCCGUCCCCCGCCGCCGCCGCCCCCUACCAGCGCCCUGCUCUCUCCGGAGCAGUUCGUGGUGUUGGCCGGCGGGAAGGCAGCAGACUACGACAGCCUGUCACUGGAGCUCUUCAUGCUGGGCUAUUUCCGCAUCCUGGAGCAGGAGCUGUCCCCCGAGGAGCGCCGCGGCCGCCACCUCCUCUGCUUCGAAGUGUUCGAGCAGCUGGGCCGGCAUGGCUGGCAUGCGGUGCGCGCUUUCCACCGAGCCGUCACCGACGAAAUCGCAGCCGGCCGGCGGGGCUGGCAGGACGGUUUCGAGGACAUCAAGGAGAAGUAUUUCGGAUCCUCCCAGAGCUCAGCCUGGCAGCUGGGGGAGGCCGGAGGAGAUGGGGAGGAGAUCUGCCGCUACAUCGACCGCAGCUUCGCCUUCUGGAAGGAGAAGGAAGCCGAGAUCUUCAGCUUAGAGGAGUGAUGCCCACCUGCUGGCGGGGAGGGCUGCGUGAAACCGCG